AUGCAACGUACACCUCCGCAAAAGAUAAAAUGUAUGUCCAGCCCAGAUCUGCACAGUGAAAUCGAUUCUACCAAUAACUUCGUUACUUGUAGAAAGCGCAAAGAAAUGGACGACGUAUCCGAACAUAGUACGAUAUUUUCCAAGAAUAUCUUAAACGAAAAAUAUAUAGAAAAAUUAGUGACAAACUCGUUGCGCUCUGUUUUGUCUACUGAGCUCACCAAAAUAACGGAUGCCUUAACUAACAUCCAAUUGGCCGUAGCCGGGUUAAUUUCAGAUAAUACUGCUUUAAAAAAUUCGUUACUGGAAGUUAACAAUAAGCUUAUGGAUAUUGAUAAGUGA